AAGCGCCAAUAUUAUUUAAUCGCACGUGUUGCCUCGGCCUUACAUGCUAUACGGCCUCAUUUUUUGCUUAAUUUAAUAUAUGAAUAAGAAUGCAGUCCUCUAGUUCUGAUACAUCUGCCUACAACAGAGUAGCAGGUUGGCCCAAGAAAAAUUUGGAUGUUAGCUUCCAUGGUACACCACCCAAGCCACAAAAAUGCAUUUUUCUCAACACGCCCUCUGGCUGCAGACAUGGAGAAAAUUGCAAGUACUUGCAUACAGUUCCACAAGCAUCAGUACAGAUGACAGGAUCACCAGAAGAUGAAGUGAAGCUCAAGACUACACUCACUUGUGGUGAAUGUCAAACAACUGUGCACUCCAUCUUUGGUGCUAGUGCUUGGGAACAGUUACUGAAUCAUUAUGUAGAGAAACUGUCAGCGAAGGAAAGAGAACAUGUACGUCUGUUUGACACGUGUCCUUUGUUUGUUCACAAGGAUGCUAUCUGUGCAAUCUGUGGGCAUUUCUUUAAAUGCAGUUUGGAUUGUUUAGCACACAUAGGAAGCAAGGCAAGGCAAGGGAAAAAUUCCAAGAAACGUGGAGAAUACUUGGAAUUGUUACAGAAUAUUGCUUAUUGUUUCAUAGAAAGGGAUGCAGGUGUAUGUGACGAGGACACCUUGAAGAAGUCUCUCUCCAGAUGUUUAGUCGGUGGAGAAAAAUGUAAUGAAGUGCAAUCUAGAAGAAGAGAGAGAAGACAACUUUCUUUACCUCUUUUGAUGUCAAAGCUACAAGAAUGUUGCAACAAUUCACUUGAAGAUUGGAGAGAGGAUCAAUGAACUGUUCCAUUGAAACCAAUGUAUACAACUUUGUUUACCAACUAGUAAUACCUUAGUAUGAAACCUUUCAAAUACAAGUUACAAGGUCAAAACAUAUAUAAUGUAAUCUCAGAAAUUUUACAAUGGUGCUGCACUACCAAAAGAUCAAUUAAGGGGCAAUUGUUUAUUAUUAAGUAUCAUUUAGUGUGUGAAAUGAUAAAAUAAAUUAAUAUAUAUACUAGUAAACCAAAUAUGUCAAAGUUAAAAGUCAAUUCAAAAGUUGAAGGCUUUUUCAUGAGGCUGAAAUGUAUUUGUAUUAUUCAGUUUGAUCAUUAGCCUAAGAUUUACUUUCAUUUAAAAGCCAUGUUCAUGAGUACUGGUAGUUGUAAUAUACAUCCAAAAACAUUUAAUUAAAAAAAGAUUAUAUUCUUUCAUAUUACCUAUU